GCUAGGUUCCGGCGAUUGACACGUGCAUGUGAAAACCAUUAUGUUUACCGAAGAAAAGAACAACUGUUAUUUACUUCUCAAUGAUGGCAGUGUCUUUCCCGGACGGAGUUUCGGGGCGACUGCUCCAGUUGAUGGGGAAGUUGUUUUUCAAACGGGUAUGGUCGGAUACCCUGAGUCCCUGACGGAUCCAUCGUAUCACGGGCAAAUACUGGUUCUGACUUACCCACUGAUUGGCAACUACGGGGUACCUGGUGACGAGAAGGACGAGCAUGGAUUGCCUUAUUGGUUUGAGUCCAGCAGGAUAUGGACGGCUGGGCUCAUCGUCGGAGAGGUCUGCGACACUCCCAGCCACUGGAGACAGACGAAGACUCUUUCAGAUUGGAUGAAGGAGCAGAACAUUCCAGGGAUACAUGAGAUCGACACCCGUGCACUUACCAAGGUCAUCAGGGAGAAGGGGAGCAUUUUGGGGAGGAUCGUGUAUGAGCAACCUGCUGGGGGGAAUGUUACUCCAGAAAUCGCCGAUCCCAAUUGCAGGAAUUUAGUUGCUGAGGUGUCGUGUAAAUCCCCAAAAACGUACAACCCCCAAGGCAGCCCCAAGAUCUGCGUGGUGGACUGCGGUCUGAAAUACAACCAAAUCCGCUGUCUCCUAAACCGCGGGGCCUCGGUAACGGUCGUCCCCUGGGACCACGACCUCUCCUCCCUCCCCUUCGACGGUCUCUUCCUGAGCAACGGUCCCGGCGAUCCUAGCAUGUGCCUCAAAACCAUCCAAAACCUCCGGUCGUUCCUGUCCGCGAGCCCCACCACCCCCGUCUUCGGCAUCUGCAUGGGCCACCAACUCCUCUCCCUGGCAGCCGGCUGCAAGAGUUACAAGAUGCCCUACGGCAACCGCGGUCACAAUCAGCCCGCGAUCCACAGUGGCACCAACCGCUGCUACAUGACCUCCCAGAACCACGGUUUCGCGGUUGACGUCGACCAAUUGCCGAAAGGCUGGGAGGUCCUCUUUACGAACGCCAACGACAGCUCGAACGAAGGCAUCAUCCACGCGACGCACCCUCACUUCUCCGUACAGUUCCACCCGGAGCACACGGCAGGUCCCCAAGACCUCGAAUGCCUCUUCGACGUCUUCAUAGAAAUGUCGAACGAACGCGUAGGAAAGGGCAAAGUUCCUUCAGGAGUUUUGCUCAAAGAGCUUCUUACAAAGAAACUGAAAUACAUUCCGCCCGAACAAGACAGUAUCACGAGACCGAAAAAAGUCCUGAUCCUAGGGUCGGGGGGUCUAUCUAUCGGUCAAGCUGGGGAGUUCGACUACUCGGGGUCGCAAGCCGUGAAAGCUUUGAAAGAAGAGAACAUUCAGACCGUCCUGAUCAACCCGAACAUAGCCACCGUGCAAACGUCGAAAGGAAUGUCUGACAAGAUCUACUUCUUGCCGAUAAUUCCCCAAUACGUCGAGCAGGUGAUACGGUCAGAGCGACCUGACGGCGUCCUUCUAACAUUCGGUGGUCAAACAGCGUUAAAUUGCGGGGUCGAACUGGAGAGGUCCGGCGUCUUCUCCAAAUACGGGAUUAAAAUCCUAGGAACCCCGAUUAAAUCCAUAAUCGAUACCGAGGACAGAAAGAUCUUCUCCGACCAAAUCAGCGAGAUCCAGGAGAAAGUAGCCCCUAGUGCGGCCGUCUACUCCAUCCAAGAAGCCCUCGAAGCGGCUGAAAAACUGGAGUACCCAGUGAUGGCUAGGGCCGCGUUUUCCUUAGGAGGUUUAGGAUCGGGAUUCGCGAACACUAAGGAUGAGCUGAGGAUCCUUGCGCAGCAGGCAUUGGCCCACUCCAGCCAGCUGAUCAUCGACAAGUCCCUGAAAGGGUGGAAGGAAGUCGAGUACGAAGUCGUAAGGGACGCCUACGACAACUGCAUCACCGUCUGCAAUAUGGAGAACGUCGAUCCCUUGGGGAUUCACACCGGGGAGUCAAUUGUCGUAGCUCCCAGUCAAACCCUGUCCAACAGGGAGUACAAUAUGCUUAGGACGGUGGCUAUCAAGGUGAUCAGGCACUUUGGGAUCGUAGGAGAGUGCAACAUUCAGUACGCCCUCAACCCUCUCUCCGAGGAGUACUACAUCAUCGAAGUGAAUGCAAGGUUGUCUAGGAGUUCUGCUCUCGCGAGCAAGGCCACGGGGUAUCCUUUGGCUUACGUGGCAGCCAAAUUGGCUUUGGGGAUUCCCCUUCCCGAAAUAAGCAACUCCGUCACUGGAAAGACGACAGCCUGCUUCGAGCCCAGCCUCGAUUACUGCGUGGUGAAGAUCCCCAGGUGGGAUCUCAGCAAGUUUCAAAGGGUCAGCACGAAGAUCGGAUCUUCGAUGAAGAGCGUCGGGGAGGUGAUGGCCAUCGGUAGGAAGUUCGAGGAGGCUUUCCAGAAGGCCCUUAGGAUGGUCGACGAGAAUGUCAACGGCUUCGACCCCAACCUGAAGCCCCUGAACGACGAGGAACUCGAGAAACCCACGGACAAACGAAUGUUCGUUCUCGCUGCUUCCAUGAAGGCCGGCUACUCCAUCGAUCGUCUGUACGAACUCACGAAGAUCGACCGCUGGUUCCUCCACAAGAUGCAGAACAUAAUCUCGUACUAUGAGCUCUUCGAGUCCAUCGGCCCCGAGAAGCUCUCCCACUCGAUCCUCCUGGGGGCCAAAAAGAUCGGCUUUUCCGACAAGCAGAUUGCGGUCGCUGUCAAGAGCGCUGAGCUAGCUGUUCGAAAGCAGCGAAAGGAGUUCAACAUCUGGCCGUUCGUCAAGCAGAUCGACACGGUGGCUGCCGAGUGGCCGGCCACAACAAACUACCUCUACCUGACUUACAACGGAUCGACCCACGACAUUGACUUCCCCGGGGGCUACACCAUGGUCAUAGGAUCGGGGGUCUACAGGAUCGGCAGCUCCGUGGAGUUCGACUGGUGCGCAGUCAGCUGUCUUCGGGAGCUGCGAAACCUCGGGAGGAAGACCAUCAUGAUCAAUUACAAUCCCGAGACCGUGAGCACGGAUUACGAUAUGUCCGACAGACUUUACUUCGAGGAGAUAUCGUUCGAAGUCGUCAUGGAUAUCUACGACAACGAGAACCCGGAGGGCGUGAUCCUCUCGAUGGGCGGACAACUGCCGAACAACAUCGCUAUGGAUUUGCAUAGGCAACAGGCCAGAAUCCUGGGCACCUCCCCGGAGUCGGUCGACGGGGCUGAGAACCGUUUCAAGUUCUCGCGGAUGCUCGACAGGAUCGGGAUAUCACAACCGCGGUGGAAGGAGCUGACGAACCUCACGUCUGCCAUCGAGUUCUGCGAGGAGGUCGGCUACCCCUGUCUCGUGCGGCCGUCCUACGUGCUCAGUGGGGCCGCCAUGAACGUCGCCCACUCCCAUCAGGACCUCGAGUCCUACCUCAAGAACGCAAGUGAUGUCUCGAAAGAACAUCCCGUCGUCAUCUCGAAGUUUAUACUCGAGGCGAAGGAGAUCGACGUCGACGCUGUGGCGUAUGACGGCGUCAUCCUCUGCAUGGCUGUCUCGGAGCAUGUGGAAAACGCUGGGGUGCACUCGGGGGAUGCCACCCUGGUGACGCCCCCGCAGGACAUCAAUCCUGAGACCCUCGCGAAGAUCAAGGUCAUCUCGCGGGCGAUCGCGGCGUCGCUGGAGGUCACCGGGCCCUUUAACAUGCAGCUCAUCGCCAAGGAUAAUGAGCUGAAGGUCAUCGAGUGCAAUGUCAGGGUGUCGCGGUCUUUUCCGUUUGUCUCGAAGACGUUGGAUCAUGACUUUGUGGCGAUGGCGACCAGGAUUAUGGUGGGGGAGACUGUGGAUCCUGUGGAUAUUCUCGCGGGUUGUGGAAAGGUGGGGGUGAAGGUCCCCCAGUUCUCGUUCUCGAGGCUCGCGGGGGCGGAUGUCACGCUUGGUGUCGAGAUGGCGUCCACGGGAGAGGUCGCCUGCUUCGGCGAUGACCGGUAUGAGGCGUAUCUUAAAGGCAUGAUGAGCACUGGGUUCUACAUCCCGCAGAAGGGCAUUCUCCUGUCUAUUGGGAGCUUUAAGCACAAAAUGGAAUUACUAUCGUCUAUCAGAAGUCUGAACAAGAUGGGGUACAAGCUAUACGCUAGUAUGGGAACUGCUGAUUUCUACACGGAGCAUGGAGUUGAGGUGGAGCCAGUACAAUGGACCUUCGAGAACAUCGACGUCAACGAGGACUCAAGUCCCAGUGAGCUUCGUCAUCUAGCCGACUUUCUCUCGAAAAAGCACUUCGAUCUGGUGAUAAAUCUGCCGAUGCGCAACGGCGGAGCCCGGAGGGUCUCCAACUUCAUGACUCACGGGUAUCGAACUCGCAGGCUCGCGGUUGAUUACUCUGUGCCGCUGGUGACCGAUGUCAAGUGCGCAAAGAUGCUGGUGGACGCAAUCAACAAACUGGGAGGUCGAGCGCCACGAAUGAAGACCCACACCGACUGUAUGUCCUCUCGAAGGAUCCUCAGGCUCCCUGGCUUCAUCGAUGUGCACGUGCACACUCGUGAUCCAGGUGCCACGCACAAGGAGGACUUUGCCUCGUGCACAGCAGCUGCUCUAGCUGGCGGUGUCACUAUGAUAUUCGCAAUGCCCAAUACCAAUCCGGCGGUUAUUGAUCACCAGUCCUUUUCGGUGGCUAAAGAGUGUGCAAGUGCUGGUGCUCGUUGUGACUAUGCCCUCUUCGUGGGUGCAUCCUCGAGUAAUUCCACAACAAUCCCUGAGAUUGCACCGAUGGCAGCUGCCCUAAAAAUGUAUCUGAACGAGACGUUUACGACAUUGAGACUGAAGGAUGUCAGUGAUUGGAUGAAGCACUUCGAAAAUUGGCCUCGGAAAUAUCCUCUCUGUGUUCACGCCGAGGGCCACAUCACUGCCACUGUCUUGGUCUUGGCCAGUCGAUACAAUCGACCUGUCCACAUCUGUCACGUUGCACGAAAGGAGGAGAUCCAGAUAAUUCGUGCAGCUAAAGAAUCUGGUCUCAAUGUAACAUGCGAAGUGAGCCCUCACCAUCUGUUUUUAACCCAGAAUGAUCUGGAAAAGAUUGGAGCUGCCAGGGGUGAAGUCAGACCUGUUCUGGGGACUCCAGAGGAUCAACAAGCACUCUGGGAUAAUAUCGAUAUCAUCGAUUGUUUCGCUACAGAUCAUGCUCCUCACACAGUCGAAGAGAAAGAUGGCGAGAAAGCACCUCCGGGUUACCCAGGUCUCGAGACAAUUCUUCCACUCCUCCUGAAUGCUGUUCACGAAGGCAGACUCACAAUCGAGGACAUAAUCGAAAAAUUCCACACGAACCCCAAACGUAUCUUCAACAUCCCCUCCCAGCCGAACACCUACGUGGAAGUGGACCUCGACGAGGAGUGGACAAUUCCAAAAGCCCUGCCCUUCACAAAAUCCAAAUGGACGCCGUUCGCAGGAAUGAAAAUUCGUGGCUCAAUCCACCGAGUUGUCCUCCGUGGGGAGGUGGCCUACGUCGAGGGCCAGGUGCUGGUGCCCCCAGGUUUCGGCCAGGACAUUCGUGAGGUCCAACGAAACCAGAAGAUCCAGCCAAUCCUGCACACAACAACAGUCGACGUGACCAGUCGUCCCAACUCUGCCCUCGACAAACUCAUCUCGCCCACCUACGAGAAGGGAAUUUCCUAUCCUGCACACGUUGCGUCAGCCCCACAGUCUGACGAAGUCAACGAUUUCUACCCCCACCUCCUUCAGCCGGUCCCACCGAAGGGUGGCGUCCACUUCGGACCAGACGUCGAGGCUCGAGACCUGUCGAAAAUCCCCCCGAGACCGUUGUCUCCUCUCCUGGGAAGACUCAAGACCGAUCCUAACUACCUUCUGCAGUCCUCAACAGUCGUGAGACAUCAUCCGUCACCCCACCAUGGUCUCGCUGGCCAGCACAUCCUCACCGCCGACAUGUUCACUAAGGAACAGCUCAACGACAUCUUCAACCUCGCUCAGACACUUCGAGUGGACGUCCUGAAGGACCGCCCUCUGGACAAUAUUUUACGGGGAAAGGUCAUGGCGUCGAUCUUCUACGAGGUCAGUACCAGGACAUCCUGUAGCUUUGACACCGCCAUGCAGCGCUUAGGCGGAAAGGUCAUCCACAUGGAUGAGACCACCUCCUCCGUAAAGAAAGGGGAAACCUUAGAGGAUUCGAUAGCCAUUAUGGCGGGUUAUGCGGACGCAGUUGUCCUCCGUCACCCUGAGCCCGGUGCGGUGGCCAGGGCUGCCCAGCACUGCCGAAAACCCAUGAUCAAUGCUGGGGAUGGGGUCGGCGAGCACCCGACACAGGCUUUACUGGACGUCUUUACCAUUCGGGAGGAGAUUGGAACCGUCAAUGGCUUGACCAUCACAAUGGUCGGAGAUCUUAAACACGGGAGGACCGUUCACUCUCUCGCUAGGCUCCUCACCCUCUACAAUGUGAACCUCCGCUAUGUCAGUCCAGCCAGUCUAGGCAUGCCUGAUCAUGUGAUAAAUUAUGUGGCGAAGAGGGGGGUGCCUCAGGAGAAAUUCUCGAGUCUUGAGGAGGUCCUGCCCGACACCGAUGUCCUCUACAUGACCAGGAUCCAGAGGGAGAGGUUUCACAGUCAGGAAGAGUAUGAUAGGGUCUGCGGGCACUUUGUCGUUACCCCUCAGCUCAUGACGAGGGCCAAGAGGAGGAUGGUGGUCAUGCAUCCUCUGCCCAGGAACUUUGAGAUCAGUCCGGAGUUCGAUAACGAUCCCAGGGCCGCGUAUUUCAGGCAGGCCGAGUGCGGGGUCUAUGUCAGGAUGGCUCUGCUUGCUAUGGUCCUAGGGAGGUGCUGAGCGGGACGUAUUAUUUCUGUAGGUUUUAGGGUUUAGGUGGGAGGGUGCGAGGAGAAGAACACUGCGGAUAAAUUUCGGGGAAAAGGCUGGCGAAUGCGGUGGAAAUUCUAGGGAAUUGGGCGGUUUUCGGGGAAUAUCUCGGAAUCUAGGGGAGAUGGCAGAAUUUUUAUACGGACCUUUCUUGUGGCCCUUAGUUUGUUCUACAAAAAAGGUCAUUACGAAAAUUUCGGAUCUCCCCUAGAUUCGGAGAUAUUCCCCGAAAACGCGGCUAAGAGCUACUGAGUUGCUUUUUGGAGAUUCUAGUGAAAUUCUGCAGCUCAUCUGAGCGUUUUAAUUUUGGGAGACAUGUUCAAUGAGAAUAUUCUAUAGCCAGCAUCUAUAGAGUUCAAUUUUUUUAUGCAACUUGUGCUAUUGAGAUUUUUUGAAGAAAUUCCUCGUCCCAAAUUUU